AUGAGCUUGAGAAGAAGAGAUGAUCUCAUAGGGAAUAGGAGGAUUCCUCAUUUGAUUGUCAAGUUUCCAACAAGUAACUUAUUGAAUCAACGUCAAAAUGAAUCUCUUCGAGGUGCUUCCAAAAGUUCCCUUGUCAAGACGGUGGGAAAACCUGCUCAGUCCGCUACCCAAGUCCAUCAACGCUGGGUUGAAAAACUGCUGCCCAAAUAUCAUAAUUGUCAUGAAUCCACAAACUUUCUCGACAAACGAUUUGGUGAAGGAGAUUCGUCUCUAACCCUAGAAGAAAAGUCCUUGGAGAGAUUUACAAAAGAACAUCAGAUGAGGCUUCCUGGAGGCGCUAAGAGAAAUAUUUUCAACCUAGACAACGACCCAAUCCUGCUCAACUCCCUGAACUUCAAGAGGCCGGUUCAGCGACAUCGCACGAGCAGUCGAAGUCCCUCGCCUGAAGCGAAUCAUGGAGAUAAAGACAAAGAUAUGUACGAUCGGUUUGUGCGCCAGUUGGCUUUCGACCCACGGACCAAGCCAUCCGACCGCUUGAAGACUGCUGACGCCCCAACUUCACAUGCCUAUUUUCUUUCUAUUGUAUCACAACAGUGCGUGAAAAGUGCUGAACUACCCACUGUGGUUCAGCAUAUUCGAGUAUUGUACCAACCCUCACUGGGAGAAGAUGACAAAUCCAAGCUUACCACCUUUACUAAUGUCCUAAUUGAUCAUGUAAUUCAUACCACAUCUCUCCACAAGUAA